AUGCCUGCGCCCGCCUCAAAUAAGCGCAACAAGCGCAUCAGUCGCAACCUCAUAAUCGGCUCCGAAGCCUGGCAACUGCCCCCAGUAGGCCACCCCGACCGGCCCAAGGGCGUACCCGACGACCACACGAAGCGCUGGACAGUAUACGUGCGCGUACCCGACGGCGACCCCGACAUCCGAGCCUGGCUCAACAAAGUAUCGUUCAAAAUAUUUAACACAUACGAGAACCCUUUGCGCAUGGUAGAAAAGCCACCGUUCGAGGUGACCGAAACAGGAUGGGGAGGUUUCAACAUCGACAUAAGACUGCACUUCCAGCCCAUCUCAGGCGAGAAGGCGCAAUACCGACAACACUUUCUGCAGCUGGAAAAGUACGGCGACGAAAAGAUGCAAGCAGAGCAAGAACGAACAGGCUGCGUGCGCUCCGAGUUCCUCGAGGUGGUGCAGUUUAACGAACCCACCGAAGCCCUCUUCGACGCCCUCACAUCGGAAGACCAGUGGAACUACCUCAUACCCGCCGGCAAGGGCGGCUCUAAGAAAGCCUCGCUCGGUGCAAACGGCAGGCUCAGGCGCGGUCUGCCGAACGGCGAGCGCAGCGCCCAACUGCCGGAGAAGGGAGCCGACGAGGUUCCUUUCAGCCAGGAGCAAGAGCAGGCGCUGCAGGACUUCUUCAAGCAGAAGAUGGAGGAUGUGGAGAGGCAGUUGGAUAAGGAGGCUAAGAAGAAGGAAGAGGUAGAAGCUAAGCUCAAGGCAUUGCGCGGUGAGCUGGGGCACGAGGCCGCUCAGCAAGCUGCGCAGCAGGCUAGUGGUGAUAGGAGCCGGCGCAGGUGA